GCACCACAGAGAUCAUCUUACCAGGAAGUCAUCUGCAUGUGUUUACAGCAUCAACACUGACAGUUUGACUUUGAACAUAUGAAGUGAAGAUGGCAACGUGUGCAGUGAUUUGUUUUCUAAUUGUGCUGGGAGUCUGUCACAAAGGUCUAACCUCUCUAAUACAGACUCAUCAGACUGUGAUGGCAGCUGUAGGAGAAGAGGCUUAUUUCAGCUGUUUGCUCACUGAAUCUAAAGACGUUCUUCAAGUCACGUGGCAGAAAAUUUUACCUGAUGUUGACAAGAACCUCACAACUUACAACAACAUUAAUAAAACAUUAGAUCCUGACUUUAUAGACAAAGUGGAGUUUGAACAUAUUGGACUACAGAACAGCUCCAUAGUUAUCAGGAACCUGACGGACGAGGAUGAAGGCUGCUAUCGCUGUGUGUUUGACACUUACGAUGAAGGAGAUCUGUCUGAAACAAGCUGCCUUCAAGUCUAUGAGCUUCAUGAGCCCAUUCUUCAUGUCAGAGGAUCCAACUCUUCUGAAGAGUCCCUUGUUUCCUGCUCAGUCACAGCUCGACCUGCUCCCACAGUAACACUGACUGUCACACAGCAGCACCUCUACUUCUCCCACUACAGCACCGUCACUGUCACCAACGCCAACAACACACUCACUGUCACCACCACUGUGGCGCUGUUUGGUUGCUAUGGCGACGGCACACAGGUUGGAUGUGCAGUGAGAGUCCCCUCUGGUCCUCAGAAAGAGGUGUUUAUGAAUAUUACUGAGGUUGAACCAAAGUCUACUGAUGUGUUUGUGAGAAAAUCCAGAUCCACAGAUCCACAAAACAAAUAUCUGAUGUCCUGUGGUUGUCUCGCUGCCGUCAUCAUUGUCCUGCUCAUAUUAAGAAAUAAGAAGAGUUUGUCACAGAAGAUAAAGAGGUUGACUAAACCUAACAGUGAAGAUCCUCCUGCUGAGACUCAACUGUCUUUAAUCAAGCAGAACAGUGAAAAAAAGAAACAGACUGAAUUUGAGGAAAUCCAACAAGGCACCAGUUCAAAGACUUUAAUGACAGAGAAGGAGCCUGAAGACGUUGCUGCUAAUGAACACACAGUCUGACCACAACUACACAGCAUGUACACAGUGUGUACACAGCAGUACGUCUACUGUGACACUGGCAACAGCUUCAGUGUUCACUUUGACUCGUUUUGUUCUGCUGUUUUCUGCAUGCUUAAUAAUCAGACGUCAUCAAUUCCCAACUGUUACAGAAUGUCUAUUUAUUUAGACAUUUAGACAUGUGUUUAUUUACUGAGGAGUAUAGGAGUAUACAAUCGUAUGAAACUAAAAUAUUAUAACUAUAACUUUGAUUUUGUAAACUAGCAAAUAUAAAUGUUUAUGUCUCUACAAGUGUAUAAUUCCGAUCAAAGCCAAAUUUCUCCAAUUAAAAUAGCUUAUGAUCGAGAUCAAAUAUACUUUUAUUCACAUUAGGUAUGUGAACUGUUAUUACACAGCUUUUCAACAUAUAGAUCCCUGUUUUUUAUUGUUGGACAUAAAAUUCACAGCCAACAUUUUCAACAUUUCCAUAUGUUAUAAAACCAUUUUUGACUUUGAACAUACAAAACAAACAUGAAAAUUUACCAACGAAAUGAAUCUCGGCAUUAAAAUUGAAAGUGAAAGUAACUUGGUUCGACUCUGUCUAAGGUGUAGUGUACGUAGCGGACUGUUCCACUGCAACAGGGGUGAAGAGUUAAUAUGAUCUGUUAAUACCAAUGAUUACAGGAAAACAAAGGCUUUAAAAAUAGCAGCCAUCUGU